AAACUUAACCACCAAGUAAUUAUUUAUUCUAAUAAUUAUCUCUAAUAUGAAUAUGGUAAUUAUAAUAGAAACCCGUGGAAAGUAGGUUUCUAUCAACGUACUCGUGUGACGUGUCCUCUCUCCAUACCACCAAGCUCUAGAGGGAGACACGUACCCCCAUUUUGUUUGCAUGGAGGCCUCUAUAAAAGGCCAAUUCGUUUCCAGAUUGAGGUAAGCAAAAAUUCUCAUGUAUAGACUCGUGAACUCUUGCUAUGAUUAGCGCAUAUAUUCAUUCCCAACUCCAUUCCCUCAUAUUUCUUUUCGAGGUCAUAUUCAUCUCCCCUCAACCCACUCACUAACUUCAGCGUCAAAGAGUAUUCAUGUCGAGAUCGGCCGACAUAUCCUUUUUGCAAGAGCCAACCGGAGCUGACAUCACGAGAGUAGUUCGAGGUGUAAGGCGGCCUUCGACCGACUCCGGUGCCCGGCAUAACAGAAAAACUCGACGUCAACUACAACCACGACAUCAACGAAUACUCAAUCACGAGAGCUUUCAAGAAUUCAGCUGAAGGCCUGAAAAGAGCGUGACAAAAGGGAUUUAGGAAGGUGGAAGUGAACGUGGAUUUCUCUGGUGCAAGUGCCAUCAUUAGGAACUAUAAAAGAUGCUAAUCAUAAUUCGUGGCCAAUUUCUUGGCUUAUUAUGAGCACCAUUUGUUUCCAUUUGGCACACAUUCUUCCUACAUUCCAUAGCCAUUGCCAAUUUGCCAUGAAUCAUAAAUAACAUGAUUGAUGCGUUUUGGUGUCCGUCUUUCUGGCAAAAGAAAUAAGAUGUGAGAUCACAUUUAUACAAGUUCCAAUAAAAAGCCUAAUAAUCCAAAAAAUGAAAACACAGAGAUGAAAAAUCCAAGAAAACUGAGCCAAUAAAAACAAGAGAGAUAGAGGAUGGAGGGACGGAUGGAUGGAGAGAGUAAAGAAACAAAGAAACCAGUUCCUAUCAGGCAAUAACUAGGUGGCAGAGCGAUUGGUCCAAUAUGAAUAUGAGCCAGUCGUUUCCCUCAGGCCUCAAGGCACCCGCCCUCGCCACCUCUUCUUCUCCUCCUUCUCCACUAUUCCAAUGUCCGCAGAAGCGCCUCGAGAUUCCCCGCAUCUCCAUCCCAGGUCCUAUUCCCUUCCGUCUUCCGCCAGAAACUCAGCAGCUCCCGCUCGACGACAUCAAUCUGGUGAAAUGAUGGCCGCAAGAGCUUCGGAUGAUCAGAAAAGAAUGGGGACGGUGAAAGCCGCUAUCAAUAUGUUCGGGGAGAGACUCUCCGACGGAACAACCACUAAGAAAUCACAGUUGGGGAAUUAUACUGAGUCGCCGUCAAGGACCACGGAGCUCCACAUGGCAAAGAGGGACAUAGCCAGGUACAGAGAGCGGAGAAGGACGGCCGAAUCCGUCAAAACCCAAGCAGAUAACGAGCUCUCCCAGGCGAAAAGAGCCGUGAAAGAUCUCGCUUCCCAGAUUGAGGAAUCCAACGCCAAAGUCAUUUCCAGAAACAAGGGCAUGGAGGAAGCGCCGAAGCCACCGCCGGCACACAGCUCCCCGGUCGAAGGCGAAGCCGAGAGCAGCGGACGGAAAUCCGACCGCUACCUGGAGGUAAUGAAGGAGCUGGAGUUCGUCAAACAGGAGCUCAGCAAGUUGAAGCUGGGCAUGGCGUCGGUCCUGCAAGAGAAAGCACAGGCCGAAAAUGUAGCCGCGAGCUCACAAUCGAAGCAGCAGGCGGAGGCGGAGGUGCUGAGGAAGGAGAUCGACGAGGCGAACGAAGAGCAAGUCCUCGUCGAGCUGGCGACCAUCGAGGCGUUGAAGGAGAAGGAAGAGAUCGAAGCGGGAAGGGAGAAGGAGUCUGCCGAAUUCUCCUCCGCGGUUGAGGAGAAGAGGAAGAAAAUCGACGAGGUAAAUGGAGAGAUCGAUAGCUCCAGAGAGCUGGAGUCGAAAUUGGCUGUCACCCUGUACGAUGCCAGCGUUCUGCAGACCGAGCUGAAGCUGGCGAAAGAGCUGGAGGAGAAGACGAAGCAGAAGAAGAAGCAGAUGCAGCAGGGAAGCGACGGACUGAGGAGUUCAAUCAGCUUCUCGAGGAGAGGAGUCGAAGAAGGAAACGGCGACAGUUCGUCAUUGUUGAAGUCGAUUACCGACGAAUUGGAGGCUGCGAAGAAGGAAUUGGCUACGGUGAAGGAGGAAGGGUUUCAGUUCAUGGCCUCCAUGGACAUAAUCAGGAACGAGCUCAACCACGUGAGGGACGAGGCAGCCAGGCUGCAGAAACAAGAGGAAAAGGCAGAUGCGACGGUGCUGAACCUGAAUUCGAAGCUUCUGCGGGGGAAAUCGAAGCUGGAAGCUGCAAUUUCCUCCGAGGAGAAGGCGAAAUCGAUCGUGGCGAAUCUGAACCUCACACUGGAGCAAUUGAAGACGGAAGCGGAGGUGGCGAAGAAGGAGAAGGAGCUUAUCGGCGACGAGGCGGCGAGCAUCAAGGCGGAGAUUCGGAAGACCGAGGCGGACAUUGACCUAACCGAGGGGAAAUUGGAGGUGGCGAUGGAGGAAUUGGAGACGAUCAAGGCGUCGGAGGCUGUAGCUUUGAAGAAUCUGCAGGAUCUGAUUGAGAACGCCGUGAGAGCCAGAGCUUUGGCCUCUCUGGAAGGCUCCUCGACGAUCAAUCUAUCGAGGUUCGAGUACGAGUACCUGACGGGGCGAGCGGCGAAGGCGGAGGAUAUCGCGGACAAGAAGGUGGCGGCGGCGCAGGCGUGGAUCGAAGCGUUGAAGGCGAGCGAGAAGGAGAUACUGAUGAAAGUGGAGAUGGCGCACCGGGAGCUGAGGGAGACGAGGGUGGAGGAAGAGAGGGAGGAGUUGAGGGCUGAGAGGGCGAUUCCGGCGGAGGAAGAGGCAAAGAAUCGGAAUCAGUAUCACCGGCAGAGCAAUGGAAACGCCGCCGGCAGGAAGAAAUCGAUGAGCGAAACUCCGAGGAGAGCGGCGAGAGCGAGCAGCAGCGGGAGCCUGACCCCGUCGAGGCGUUUGAAGCUUCGGACGGCUGAGUUUACACCGAGUCGGGGGGCGACUCGAUCCGUCUCGGUGCCUAUGAAAAAGAGGAAAUCGUCCAUUCCGAAUUUGUCCAGUAUGUUGAAGCGGCAAGAAGCUCAUUAAAGGAGGCCCGGCCCAACUUUGGGCCCAAGAGGCAAGAAGUCCGGGGGACUUCGUGCGUUCUGGUUCGAGAGCAGUUUGUCUCAGCAGUUAAUCACGUUUACUUUUUUCCAUUCCAUUUGCCAAAUAGCUGAAAAUUGUCAUAAUAUGUUGUUUUUUUCUUCUUCUUUCAAACUUUGAAUACCUGUAAUCUUACUGCAUUGGAAGUGUCCGAAAUAACAUUAAUAAUGUACUCAAGUGGCUAUGGUUCUCCAGUUUCCAUCGAUGGAUAUGAGAGGAGAAGCCAGAAAGAUGCUGAAAGAAUGCGGCUACCAAAAAUGUUGUUACAUUUGAGGUUUUCUUCGACAAAUUUGGAUGGAUUUCUGUCACUUGCCCAAUUACAGACUUACAGUGGUUAAUGGACUAUAGUCACACUGUUAAAUCACUCCAGAGGCCCCAUGGGCUACGUUCCCAAUUAUAUAGCCCAUGGCUGAAGUUGGGCUUGAGAAAACUGAUUAAACUAAUAGUUAGAGAUGGUAACGGGUCGGGUUGGGGAUGGAUAGUGCAUAUUCGUUAUUCUACCUAAAAUAGUUUGGGUUUUACCCAUAUCCACAUAAAAAUCGGGUAGAAAAUCAAAAUCAUGCACAUACCCAUACCUGUUCGGGUUUCGGGUAUCCACGGUUAUCUAUGGAUAGUAAUUUCUCGUUAUAACUUCAACCAACAUGUUAACAUUCACAAGAAUACUCACAUUGCAUAAGAGAAAAAAUACGACAAUAAAUCACUGGAAUGAAGAAAAUUAAUUAAAAUAUUAUACUUGUAUGUUAAAUAUAGAAUAUGUUGAGAAAAAUAAUGAUCAUUUCUAGACAAAAUAGACACGAAUGUGUAUAAUCGGGCGUGUUCGGAUCGGAUAGUGAAAAAAUCAUGUCCACUCAUUAUCCACAAUAUUCGGGUUCGGGUUUUACCCGUAACCACUAAAAAUUCUCCGAAUUCGGGUCUACCCUACUCAAUUAAGUCGAUUCGGACGGAUAUUCACGGUUGCGGAUACUUUUUCCAUCCUACUAAUAGUUGCCGUGAAAUGAUACGGCGUAUGUGGGUUGUAACUUGUACUUAGUACAUAUUUUUUUAUUUUAUAGGAAGUACUUGUACAUAAUGAAUGAAAGAAAUGGAGCUUCUAGAUGAAAGGGGUAAGGUGGCAGCUGGCAGCAUCUUCUUAAUUUGCCCCCAAUCGCAUAAAGUAAACUAAAAUGCUCGUGGAACAUGCAGCGUGCAAUGUCGUGUGAACAGCUGAACAAACAAUAUAAUAUAUUAGAGAUUUUGUGUUAAACAUGUGCAUGGCGAUGAAAUUGCGCUUCAAUUCUCCGGUUUGACAUAAUAAAUCCAGGCCACGCAUCCAAAACUUCUGCGGGAUGACCAAAUUGAACCGAAAACAUUUUUUAAAGGGAAAAAGGUCGCAUGCAAUUAGGAACGGUAAUGGUAUUUAGUAUUUAAUAUUAAAUUCUCGAAUAUCAAAUAGCAUACUCAACGUCUUUUCAAUCUCAAAAUAAAUUUGAUCUCAUUUU